GGCGAUAUAAAAGGGCCAGCCCAACGAACUGGUGGGGCAUUUCAAAGCCAGAAGCGUCGUCAAUAUGGACCUUGCCCUUCUCUGUGUGUUCCUGCCUUUGGUGACAGUGGCGUGGGGCCAGUAUGGUGACUACUACUAUGGCCCCUAUAACUAUGGCGAUAACGAUGAGUGGGUCAACGUGUACCGGCAGGGCUUCAACUUCCAGUGCCCGCACGGGCAGGUGAUUGUGGCCGUCAGGAGCGUCUUCAGCAAGAAGGAGGGCUCCGACAGGCUGUGGAACUACGCGUGCAUGCCGGCAGCCCAGAGCCUCGGCGAGCCCACCGAGUGCUGGUGGGAGGAGAUCAACAGGGCAGGGACCGAAUGGUAUCAGACCUGCUCAAACAACGGGCUGGUGGCCGGUUUCCAGAGCCAGUAUUUUCCAUCUGUGCUGGAUCGUGAAUGGCAAUUUUACUGCUGCCGCUAUAGCCGGAGGUGCCCAUAUUCAUGCUGGUUAACAUCUGAAUAUCCUGGACACUAUGGAGAAGAUAUGGACAUGAUGAUGUACUCUUAUGACCAUUACAUUCGUGGUGCAACUACAACUUUCUCUGCUGUGGACAGGGACCGUCAGUGGAAAUUCAUCGUCUGCAGGAUGACAGAAUAUGACUGCCCAUUCCAAAAUGCUUAAAAAGAUGGAGUAUCUCAAACUCGGAAAG